AUGAAACCACUCUUCUUGUACAUUUCAUUGGGACUAUUUGCUGGAUUUGAAUUGCUGCAAAUCACUUGCCAUGCCCUUCUAUUGGCAGUUGCUGCAAUUUUUAGAGAAUUUGCAGUCUCAACUGAUUCUCACUUGUUAAUGACUCGAUCGGUCAUGUUUCUGACAUUAGGAACAUUCUUGAUGGCUCUGAUUGCUUUGAAACUGAUCGUGUGGUUGAUGGGAGGAAGAUACAUGUAUCAAAAGUAUCGAGAAUUUACGAAAAUCAAAGCCAUGACCAAUGACAGUUCAUGUACUCAAGAAGAAACACAAAGUAUUAAUCAUCAUGGACGAAGAGAGAAUCUACUCACUACAGAGAUUGCCACAACCACUGUCACAACAACAACCACCAUUGAAGAGCCCCAAUCUAUCAAUGACGAUGAAAUUAACAUUUACAAUUCCAACAACAGUGCCUUCAGAUUCUUGUGGAAUUUCCGUAAAACAAGCGCUCGUUUUCUAAAUUUAUUCAUCUUUGCAGUAGUGACUCUCUCACUCACAUCCUUGAUUCUAUGUAUCACACUUUCUUUUUUAUUCCUCAUGUACUACUCGAGUGUCGAUUUGGUCUACUUUUCCUGUACUACAGCCAUUCUCAUUUCCUUAUUGAGCUUGCCUUUGAAUGGUGUUUUAUUCUUCCAUUCGUGUUACAAUGAAUCCUUUGCUCCAGUGGAUUCCAUAUUCUCUCUCAGAGGAUCCUCUUCAUCCUCAUCUUCUUCAUUAUCUUCUUCCUCCAGUCAUAAUCAUUCCCAACCAAAUGUGGAAACUCGAACAACCUCUAAAAAAGGAAAUUUACAUCAAGAAGAACAACAAGCACAGGCUGAACAAUCGAAAAGAGCCUUCCUUCAACGAAAGAAUGGAGCUUUGACGAGUCGAUUGGAUCCUAUUGAGAAGGAGAGCAGCAAUCAUAACACGAUCCACACUGAGGAAGAAGAAGAAAUUAUUCACAUGAGAAGACCUUUAUUGAAUUCAACAAACUCGAAUCUGUUGAAUAAUAACAAUUCUAUCAUCAACAACCGCAAGAACUCGAAUAAGAAGGGACAAAGUAGGAAUAAGAAUUCUUCCUCAAAACCCAUUGCCAUUCAACAGGAUGAUGCACAUUCCAACUCUCAUAAGAUUCGUUCUUCGCUCGGAGGAGUGAUCGGAGAAGAUUUGAUUUCGGAGGGAGGAACUUCCACGACGACGAAUACAGCUCCGGGAACGAGUGGUUCAUUGUUGAUGGGCGAAAAGUCUCAAUUCUAA